UGACACAUGAAACAGCAGGAGAGAGAAAUACUUCAGUAAAGUACCUAAAACUGCAUUUAAGUACUUGACUAAAUGUACUUAGUUACUUUUCAGCAGCGAAUAAAACAAACAUAAAGAAGCAGAUGAACCUUCAAGAUUAAUAGACUUUUAUGUUGAAAAGCGUCACCGGAAGUGCGGCUGUGUGAACGGGUAACCUGACGGCAGUGAGGAGGCGUCCGUCCAAACAGGAAGAAACUGGGAAAACACACCUGAGUGAUGAAGUUAGUUCCCACGGGCGGACGCUUCUCUCCGCACGCCGACAACAAUCCACCAGGCGGGUUUAACAAACUACUUUUCCCCGGCGUCGGAGGCCCGUGGCUUCGGUCCGCAGCAGCAGCGGCGCCGUCUGGGGGCUGACGCACCAGCGGGAGAGGAGGAAGGUGGGGGGCUGUCACAGCAGCAGGUUAGGCUAGGCUAGCUGGUUAGCACGCUAGGCUAACCGCUUCAGCCCCUUGAAAACCGCGAACUUGGGGAAACUUAGCAAACAUUCAACGGUAGUUUGGUGUUUAAAGGGGCGCUCCGGAGCCCACCGGAAAUAGAAAAAUAUCACAAUUUUACCGCAAAACAUUGUUAGCCUGGCGGUGUUAGCAUUGCUAGUUAGCGCGCUAGUUAGCUCUCACCAGCGCCUGUCAACAGCUCCAGGCUCUGACAGCGGGGAUGUAGCGGAGAGAAAAACACCUCCGUUUGUCCACAUCCGCACAGAAUCAGCUCUGAUUUAAACGCUAAAACAACCGUUUAAAGCGACAGCUAACACCGCGCUUCUUAAUUAGCACGAAGUUCUGUGCGGCUAACGAGCUACACGCGCCAUUGAAUCGUUCAUUUCUGUUUUAACGGCGUCUUGGUGUAACGGUGUGUUUUUGGGGGCUGAGGUAACUUAAUUUUUGAGUGUUGUUAGCAUGGAGGCAGGAGAGCCUGGCAGCAGCAGCUCGGAGCGGUUACAUAACGCCAGCAGGUCGAGAGAGAAGCUGCCAUCCUCCUCAGCCUCCUCAGCCCGGCUCUGACAGCUGUAACCUGCUCCGACACCCCCUUCCCCCCAAAACACACACACACACACACAGACGACAACAACAACAACAACAACAACACGGCAGCAUGGAGGAGGUCUGACCCGCAGGGAGACAGGAAACUGAAAAACAAGACGGAACAUUUUGCUGAAGAUGGAGUCAAACCCGCUGAUAAACGCCAUGGACCCGUCCAUCACGCUGUGGCAGUUCCUGCUCCACCUGCUGGAGGACCAGCGGCAGCGUCACCUGAUCUCCUGGACAGGUGAGGACGGAGAGUUCAAGCUGCUCGACGCUGAGGAGGUGGCUCGACUGUGGGGGCUCCGCAAGAACAAGCACAACAUGAACUACGACAAACUGAGCCGCGCCCUCCGAUACUACUACGACAAGAACAUCAUAAAGAAGGUGAGCGGGCAGAAGUUUGUCUAUAAGUUUGUCAGUCAGCCCGACCCCUCCCUUCCUGACGGCGUCCGUAACGGAGAGGACGGUCAGAGGAGGGACAGCACCGACCCAAACAGCCAAUCAAAAGGCCUCGGGGGCGUGGCCUCACCCUGUCCAUCAAAGGGCUUACCACAGCGCUCGUCACCCAGCAGCUCACAGAAAAGCUCCAGGAACGACUACAUGAAGUCCGGCCUCUACUCCACCUUCACCAUCCAAUCACUGCAGGCCUCGCCCAACCCACGGCCAAUCAAAACAGAGCUGCUGCUACAACAGGACGCCGCCCCCAAGAUCGACCGCACCCCCAGAGAGGUCUGUGUGUUAACAGAGUCUAAGUCCUCCUCGUCAGUAGGAGGCGCUGUGGACUCUGCUCUCCAGGUGAUUGUCACUCAGGCGUCUCCGUGUCCGACUCCGUCUCUCAGUCCUCAGAUUCCAGCCAACACCACCAGCCAAUCACAGCAGAAUCCUCCUGCUCCUCCUCUCAGCGACCCCCCCCAGAUUUAUCUCACCAGCGUCGGGGAUCCGGCCUCCAUCACCCCCCUCAUCCCCCUGGGGGGGUCGGUGAGUCCCGUCCCUCCCCCCCACGUGUCGAUGGGCCUCCAGGGGCCGCAGCAGGACGACUGCGGAGGAGUCACCAACCCCCCUGGCUUCCCACCUCACCCCCCCCACCACACUGCUCCUCACCAGACUCACCCCCCGCCGGUCUUCGUCAUCAUCAACCCCCCGGCCCCCCCCCAGCAGCAGCAGCAGCAGCCGGCGGCCAUGACAGCUGCUCCUCCCCCUGUCCCUCCUCCCUCCCGUCCCCCCCCUCCCCCCAUCGUCAUCAAGGAGGAGAACCUGCCGUCAGAGGAGGAGCUGCUGGAGAUGGUGUCUCUGGAGGAGAAGCAGGUGGAGGAGGUUCCUCAGCUGAUCUGUGGCCCCGGGGAGCCGGAGCCCCCCCUCACCAUCGUGGAGAGCCCGCCCCCUCCCUGCAUGGAGCCGGGGGUCGGAGGUCAUCAGCCUGCAGGGGACGGGGGAGCGGAGGGGGAGGGGAAGGACACGCUCACAGAUCCAUCCGUGCCUCCGGUGACCUCCACCUCAGAGGUGACUCCUCCCGUCACCUCCACCUCGGACGCCGCUCCUCCCAAACCAAAGAAGCCUCGGGGCCUGGAGCUGCCCUCCUCCCCCUCCCUCCCCCCCGGCCUCUCCCUGGAUAAGGUGAAUGCAGCUGUGAACAGUUUAUUGGCUCCUGGAUCAGCGACCAACACGCUCACCCCGACUGUCAUCACCUCCCACGCUCUGACUCCGGUCCUGCUGACUCCCAGUCCACUUCCCUCCACCAUCCACUUCUGGAGCACGCUCAGUCCCAUCGCUCCUCGCUCCCCAGCCAAACUCUCCUUCCAGUUUCCCACUAACGGCAGUAACCAGAUCCACAUCCCGGCUCUGAGCGUCGACGGUCUCUCCACCCCGGUGGUCCUCUCCCCCGGCCCCCAGAAACCCUGAGCUUCUUCCCCGCCUCACACAGCUCCUCACUGGGCACACAACUCACCCGUCAGCCCCUCACCUCCUGCAGGGUCUGAAGAGGCCUGGAUCUGGACUGGACUCUGAAACACUCCAUUCAAACCUGGAACCAUGGACGUGUUUAAAGCAGCUUCGCCUCACUGGUAAGAUGUGGUGGUUUACAGGGACCUUUCACUGGUGGAGAGUCGUCAGGUUGGAGAACGUCCGAUCCUCCGAACUCCUCCGCCGACACUUGACAGAAUAUUUUUAACGUGCAGAGAGCAGGUGGACGUCUCUGCUUCGUCUCCUCCUCAUCGCUCCUCUCAGUUUUUUUGUAGCGGCUCUUAACGUGGCGAGGGGGUUGUGGGGAAAACGGGAAGCUCCUCUUCACUUGAAUGCAUCACGAGAAGCUGAUGAUGAGGUGAAGGGAUGUUCUCUUUCUUCUACUGACGAUCUGAGUUUAGGAUAAAGGUUGUUUUUACCUGUUGAUGGUCUGAGAACUGGAACCAGAUCAAACACUGAUUUGAAAUCGAUUGAAGACCUGUUUCCUGUUGGUUCGUCUCGACUCAGACAGGAAAGAUUUUUUUGUUUUUCUCAUUAAACUUCACGAGGAAACAUCUGGAGCUGAAACGCAGAUUAAUCUCAAAUCUCCCUCGCCGGAUCUUUUCGGGGCUUUUUGCUCUUUAUCGUCUGUUUUUAAAAGAAGUGCUUAUUUAUUUCUAUUUCCUGUUUCCUGUGCAGAUUCUUGAUGAUAACUCGACUGUUUCCAUGACAGUUGUCGUGGCUCUGGACUGUAACGGGUGUGUUUGAUGUCAACACUCCCUCCUGACUUUUUAUUUUCCUGUUGGAACAGUUCAUUUCAGCAGCAGCUUUGUUUCCUAAACUCGUCUCUGCUGGUUCCUUCAGAAACGACUCUCGGAGCCAUUUAAAGGUUUUUGCUUUUGCUCUCAUCGGCCGCUUUUUUAGGCCGCGCCUUUCGACACUUAUGCAUGGCCUGUUAUUGGACUGAUCUCCUCAGCAUCACUUUGAACUGACUAAUCACAGAGCAGGGAUGAUGGUGGUGGUGGUGGUGGACCUGAUUGGGGAGUUUGUACACAGCCAAGUUCUCUCUAACGUCUUUUUGGGACAGAUUGUAUUUUUUUCGUCUUGCGACUCGACAGGAAGUGAGAUCUGUUGGAUUUAAAGCUGUUAUUGACGACGCAGUCACAUUCCUUUGGCUUUACAAUGUUGGUAGAUGAGUUUGUUUAAUUGAUGAUUAACUGCUUAUCGUUUUAAUUUCAGAGUUCAUUCCAGACGUACAGUAGCUUCUUGUUGCUCUGAUCAGAGAGAUGAAAGGUUUUUUGUUUCUUUCUGUUCCUGAACGCCUCGGAUCCACGUCCUCGUAUCUCUGCAGUGACGUUCCCACAAGUCGACACAGUUUUCAUUUGAAUCAUUUCCAUCACAGAGAGAUGUAGUCGUUUUUAGUCUCAGCUGGAAAAUGCUUUUAUACCGGAGCUUCAGGCGGCAGAGGGAGGAGACGUCUGUGUGUUGUGGAGGCGAUUAAAUUCUGUGAGACACAACAGUCAGGCUGGAUCCUGAGCUUCAGUCUGAGCCGGUUCUCUGGGGUCAGACUUUAUCAUAUACAAACAUAAAUAUAAACAUUUUCAAUCAGCUGCUAAAUCAAACUCUAAAACUGCAGAGGAAACAGCACCACCAUGUUAGCUAGCUCACAUUCAGCAUCUCUGAUGUAACUUGAACACCACAGAUCAAAUAUAUUAACACGGGAGAGAAACUGAAUUGACAUUACACCUGGAUGUUUUAAUCAACAGGUUUUUGUUCUGCUACAUUUCAGUUCCCUGUUACAGGUUGUUACAGGUUAACCUGCACUUCAUUUCAUUUACAUGUUCCCAUAUUUACUGCAUCACUCGAACACAUCGCUCAUGUACGAGCUGUGUGGUUUCUGUUUCCUGCUCCAUCAGACGCCGUUUACACGUCGUCUCAUUAACGCUCUCAGGUUGAAAUCUGAACAGCUGAUCGUCUCUGGUCACAUGAUCCAACAGUAAAUUCCUGCUGUGUUUUCUCACUGAGUCCAGCUUCAGUGACGUCUGUUGUCUCUGCUCGUCUGUCGUAGACUCGGCUUCGCAGCAGCAGAGACUCGGUUCGACUUGUGGAAACGUCACAAAGUUUUUGUUUUUGUUCCCAAAAAAAUCCAAAGUGAGGACACAUUCUGCUUCCUCUACAAAGACUGUUGUUGUUGUUGUUGUUGUUAUUUGUGAUGCUAGCUGAGCUCUGUGGUUGCCACGGUAACCUGACCUGACUGUUUGCCGAUUUUGCCGCCGCCGCCGUUGUUGCUGUUGUUUGCUGAAGCUCCUCGUUAUGAUGCUGUUAACGUGUUUCUACGCUUCUGUGUGUGACGACAAAGGCUGCUGACGCACACACACACACACACACACACACACACACACACACACACACACACACACACACACACCUGGACCAUCAGGAACCGAGUGAGGCUGAACUCGACUGUUUUCUUGAUACUGAUGAUGCAGUUCAUUCAUUCUCCUGCUAUAACAGGGUUCUGGUUCUGGUUCUGGUUCUGGUUCUGGUUCUGGGUCUGGUUCAGGCAGCGUUAUUUUCAUUAUCGAUUAAUCUGCUCAAGGCUCAAGGUGACGUCUGAUCUAAGAAGUGAAGUAUCACAUUUGAUCACCUUGAUUUGAGAUUGUUGCACCUGAAGCUGUUUGCUAACAGUUAGCUCACCUGGAUUCUCAGGUGCAUUAACUUCAGGUUGUUUUUUCUUCCUGAUCUGAUUUCUUAUCAGUUCUCUGUCCUGGACUCUCUGUCAGACUUUGCUCCUAACACAGAAUUUAGCAUGUUAGCACUUCCUGUUCCCUCGUCCCAGAGUCAGAGUGUUUCUGGUUAAAUGUCUGAAAUAAGGUCUGUGGUUUUAACACAAGCUCAAGACAUUUUCAGGUUUUAUUCUCCGACAUAAAAUGGGUCAGUAAAUCCCCCACUCCUGAUGUUUGAAGCUUUUACGUGUCUUAAAAAAGGCGGUUGCUAACGAGUGUCUAAAUGAGACUACAGAGGUUGUCGGGGACAGUUACCAGAACCCAACCUGAGUUUUUAUUAUUUAACUAGAGUGGGAAAAUAUUCUGAUGAGGAAAGAGGAGCUGUUGACGUAAAGGUAUAAAAUCUGAUGAAUAAUCUCGUCUCGUCUGAGUUCAGCCUCUCAUCGGUUCCUGGCGGUGAGAUUUCCCAGCCUCAGCGGUGACGUAAACGCAGCACCAAGCCAUCGUGUUCGACUGUUCUCUCUUUUACAGCAUGACUCUAUUUUUCUAUCAGAGACGACGUGUUUAUAUUGUGAGCGAUGAAGCCUUAAAGAUUCAGAGCUGCAGCAGAAGAAAAGAAAAACGUUUUCAUCAGUUCGUCCGUUAAAACGCGACGACGGUGAAAAAUAAGCCAUUUACGACGACGAAGGUUUGGAACGUUAAGCUAACAUUUCUCUCACCAGCAGAACAUGAAGAAUGUCUUUAUAUUCAUUAGUGACAGUGUUGCAUUCUGGGUAAUGUCCAGACUCCAUGUUUUAACUUUCCCGCCGUCUGAGAAAGUACACUGUAAAAAAUGAUGUGCCCGUCUGAAAACUGUAACAGAUCAAAACCAUGUUUUUUUUAUCAGAGGAGCUGGAUAAUAUGAUCGACAACAUGAUCACAGUAUUGAUUAGGAUCAAUUCAGAUAUCAGACAAAAUAGACACUGUGAAAUAUCCAACAAAUCAGAGGAACUUUAUCAAGUGGAAAACAACAGUACACAAGUGUUUCUAUAAAUCAAUGUAUUGAUUGAUUAUUGAUUUGUUACACAACCAGAGAUGUUAAACGGAUGGUCGACAAAUAUGGUCAUCAUUGAUUAAUCUGAUUAAUUACAGAAUCUUGGAGAAAAAGAUGAACUUUGAGAAAGUUUCUCUUUUGUUUUUUUAACCUUCAGAUUUUUUUCUUCCAUAUUUAAUCAGAUGAGACAAACGUCCUCACAGAAACUAAACGAAUCAGUUUGGAAACUACAGCUUAUUUAGAAUAUUUGAAAUGAGACGUUCAAAGUCAAUGUUAAAUUAUUGUCCAGCUCUGCACUGCAGAUCGUCAAAAAACUUGAUUUAAAAUGACACUGACACAAAAUCAAACUGAUCCAGAUCAGACCAGAGACCUGGACCUGCAGGUCUGUGCCCCCCCCCCCCCCCCCCCCCCCCCAAAUUAACCCUCUGCUUCAUGUUCUUCGUCACUUUGACUCUCUGAACUACAAAGUCUCUGGACCUUUAUAAACGUGGACGGCGCUCGCUGUCUGGAGCUUUCUGCCUGAUCAGCUGUGUCGCCAUGGAAACCCACACAGCUGCUGUUGCCGUGGAGACGGUUCCUCGAUUGAUGAAUUUAAAUGUGAAUUGCUGGGACUUGUAGUUGACCUCUGUUCUAAAGGUGUCCACUGACCUUUGACCUUUUUGUUGGGUCAGGUUAAUUCACGUCGGAGCUGUUCUCGACCUCUGAACUCACCACAUUCACCAACAUUUAUCAGAUGAUUUAUUGAGACAAAAGGUGAAACUGUGACAGCGCGAGGUUCGAUCAGAAAGUUCAGAGCUGAUUUUAAUUUGGCAGCUUUCUCCCUCGAGGUGUUCGAAGUCCUGAUCUGAGACUCUGGAUCGACGGGGUCAGAACAGAGGAAGGGGUCAGACAGUGAAGCCAUUUUAAGCCUUUACUUGAUGGAGACAGUGGAGAGAGACAGGAAAUGCAGGGACACGUGUCCUGAGGUGACGGAGCACACAGGUGCCGUCAGGCCUCAGUUCAGGUGGUUGAACCUCGUAGAGACCUGGUGCUGCGUCUGCUCAGGUGGUCGCAGAAACACCUGUACCUCAGGUCCAGAUGUUGAUCAUGUGACAUAACUCUGAACACCGACUCAGCACAGUUUCUGCUCUCACCUGCUGCAGGUGAGUCACCGCGUCGCGCUCUGUUUGUUCCAAACAGGAGCCGGUCUCUGAACUUUCUGAUUGCACCUGAAGGCAUCGUAAACAGUCGUGAACAGUUUCGACGUCUCAGCUUUCACAUGGAUUCAGACGACAUCCCUCUGUCCGUGUGCUGAGUUUAAAGACUCUCUGAACAGACAUUAAAGUCUUUGAGUCCCAUGAUCCUUUGCAGCAGGAUGAAGUCAGUCAGAAAGCUCUGGAAGCAGCUGAUGUCUGCUCUCUGUCUGACCUAUAAGAGCUAUCUUCUAAUUGUACCGAGCUUUUCUAUCUGCAGGUUUGUGUCGAAUCUUUUCUGUAAAUAGAGAAAAAUAUAAUCUGAACAUAUAAAUCUAUAUAUUCUGUACCUGAGGUGUGUUCAUGAUGUGUUGUUCCUGUGGCCAAUCAUUGCUGUCAGAUCCAGCGUGGCCCCGCCUCUCCUCGCCUCUGAUUGGCUGAGGAGUUUAUUGAUGUAAAGGGGCGGGGCCUGCUUUUAUUUUUCUGAGACAGAGCUCCACGUUUCAACACGUUCAACUACUGGAAAAAAAACGAAAAGAAAAACUAUUUUUUAUGGACAUGACUUUAGAUUCUGUUUGUGUAAAUGUUCAACAGAGGAUCCAUCUUGUUUUCUACGAGUUAACUAACACACACACACACACACACACACACACUGCGAGGACGAUAAUAAAACUAUUUUGUUCUGUA